AUGUCUUGCCCCAUCCAGACGUGCAGGUUCACGUCAGAGGAUCAUACCCGGGCCCUGGGUCAUUCGCCAAAUGUCGCAUCACCUGGGGACAUCCUUUACCUCCAGGAGACCGUUCAGUCGCCCAUCUUCGAUUUCCUAAUCGAUUCCAGCGAGCAGAAGAAUAUCUCUGCAGCUUUCACUUCAGAACUCAUUGGCGAUAUCAAGCAUUCUUACAACGCUAUGGUGUCUUCCCUAGAAGGAAAGCAUAUUCGAUCGCGCCCAGCGAUCGUCCAUCCUCGCUCGCAGUUCUCGUUCGCCCCAAACGCGGUCAACACUCCCCCACUCGUCUACCUCAUGACAUCCUUUGGUCAUGCGGAAGAUCUCAACAAGGUCAAGAUCCCCGGGAUUCUCAAGUACUUCUCCGUUCCAGUGUACCACCCCCAGAUGAAGGACGAUCCCAUGCGCGAGCACAUACACCUGGCGAGCUUGGAGGAGCACUUGUGGGAUACGUCUCGUGUCAUCGUGUUGCCAUACUUCAGUCAGGUGACACCCGACUUUCCCGUGAGGAGAGACGACCAGGGAAACUACAGGAUGCCUCCAAAGCGCUUCGAUAAACCUGAACUGUGCCGUCUCCAGGAUAUCUCUGACGCGCGAAUGGCGUUAUGGCUGGGUCGAUCUCCCAAAAAGAUACACACAGACAUUAAGAGUAUCGCUGACUCGCCGUCCUCGAAGAAAUGGUCCACAAGGAAGAGCGCUCACGGGGACGCGUCGUCAACGCUUUCUGGCGACUCCGGUAGUCUCUGGACAGGACGCAAUUCGGCUAGUUGCCACUUCCUGGCGGUCUCGAGCGUCCCGAAGCAUCGUGCAAGAAUCUCGCCGCUCCAAGCAGUCGCGCACGAUAGGCAUCAAAGCAAGGUCUAUGGCUUCUAUGUCGUCCCUUCAGCUCAGCGCUCUCGAUGGGCGCGCACCCGGACACUAUCGUUCACAGGUCUCACCGGAUUCCAUCAAGCCGUUAAAGCCAUACUGGAGUGCCAUUCCGGGAGGCGUAACGGGUGA